AAAAAAAAAAAAAAAGCAAUAAAAAAUGUCUGGGGUUUGGGUAUUCAAGAAAGAAGGUUUUCGACUAAUGGAAAAGCGUCAAGCGGAGGGGAAGGCACAUAGUUUAAACCAAAAGAUUUUGGUUCAUUUGCCAAGUGGGGAAGUUAUCUCUUCCUACAGUAUGUUGGAGCAAAUAUUGACUAAUUUAGGGUGGGAAAGGUAUUAUGGAAGAGACCCUCAACUCUACCAAUUCCACAAGCAUUCUUCCACUGACCUAAUCUCUCUUCCAAAGGACUUCUCCAAGUUCACCUCUAUCUACAUGUAUGAUAUAGUCAUCAAGAACCCCAAUGUCUUCCAUGUACGAGAUAUGUCAACUACCUAGUUUUCUUUCUUUGCUAUCCUCCAAUUCAUAAUGAGAUAUUAACUCUUUUGUCUUUGUAUAUAUAUGAACAUCCUCAAAGCGAGUUUUAUCUAUUUUAA